UCACCGAUUGCCCGUUGCUGUUUGAAAAAUAUAAAACGGCGUUUAUAAUUUGUUGUUAUCCUCCUUUGAGUGAGAUCGUAACGGCUACGCGUUUUGGCAAAAUUCCCUCGAGCGCUUAUGUUAUAUAAAAUGAUCAUCGAGUGACUUCGUGUAUAAAAGAGCUAAAAAUAGAUUAUUCAGAGUGAAUUGCGUGUUCGUGUAUUUUUGUUUUCAUUUUUGACAAACUUCGUACAUGUCUUCGUUUUAACAAGAUAUAACUUAAUGUGACUGUAAAAAGUGCAUAGACUAUUUAAUUAAAAAAGAUAAAUUGAGUUAAUGAACAAUGGCUCACGUAGAGCCUAUGGACUUGGACGGUAUUGAAAGUGACUUUGAUAACAAGGAGAAUACAUUCCAUAUUAAUAAUGCUUUGCCAAGGGCGCCGUGUUUUGAAAAGGUGCAUGAGAGUUUGGACGUCUCAGAGGUGAAACAUAUAUGCUCUAUUACUCAAGGAACUUCAUCAAUGUCAAAAAGUUUUACUGCUAACAUUGAUGAUAAGAAUAUUUCGGUUGUUGAAGACCAUCACAUUGUAAAUAGUAACUCCAACCUUACACGAUCAUUGAAUUCUACAUUAGCCAAUUGCAAUGGUUUAUUAAAAUCACCAAAGUCUUUGCCAUUACAAUCAAUAACAACAAGUCAGUGUAUAGACUUAAAUAUAAACACCAUUGACAAAGGGUCAUUUGAUGCUAAAAAUAACAUAAAUCUGAAUAUUGAUGGAGCCGAUAUGGAAAGCUUAUCAUUACCAAGUACAUCUUCAUCUUUGGGUCAUACCCCAGAAGCCACAACUCCAACAAAAGAGAUUCCAAAAGAUGGCGGCUCACCUAUCAUGAGAGGGUUAAAGAGUGUCCUCAGCAUGUUUAGAUCAUCACAAAGCCCAAUUCCACCUGUACAAGAUAGGGAUGAUGAAAAAAAAGACUCUCUGGAAGCUGUUUUGAAUUUACAAACUGUUGAUUCCAACCCUCAAACUGGAACUGUCUUAGCUUCAACACCUAUGAAAAAUUCAAAAAGAAAUUCUACUUUGAAAGAAAGUGUUACAUUUAAUGAUGAUUUAGAUAGAGAAUUACAGUGGAAAGAAGAUUCUGCUGUAUUUUUCAAAGAAGAAAAAGUGCCUUUACAUAUUUUAUUUCCUACUCAUAUAAGUUCUAAUGUUAAGCCUGCUAUUAGUAAUAUAGUUCAAGAUGAUAGGAAUAUUUCUCUUGAGUACAUGGAUAUUUCUUUAAAUGAGACUAUAACAGCUAAUAACAUUGAAGAAAUUGAAAAAAGGCGUGUCAGUACUGUUAUAAAUAAUUAUGAAUCUGAUUCAGAGUUUAAGGAUUGUGAAACUACAUUAAACAGUUCUGAAGGAGAUCAUAAUAGUGGAAAUGUACCACUUGCUGCUAAACUCUUAAAUAAAGAUCCUAACAUUGAUAUGUCAGGUCUGGAAUUUGAAAAUAUGGAGGUUGUCUCUAGCGUUACCAAAUCAAAAGUACAGGAAGAAUCUGAUAUUACACUUAACAGUGCAGUUGUUAUCAAAAUGGAUAUUAGUGAAGUUGCUGAUUCAAAUAAAGAAGACACCAUUAGCCUUGACUCGAAACUCAAUUCUUAUGCCAUUAAAGAAACUAUUAACAUGGAUGACAUAGUAGGAAAAAGGCUGCAAAGUACUGAAUUGGAGAAUAUUGCCAUAAAACUAAAUGAAUCUGUUGAUAAUAGUUUAGAUACUGAAAUGAUAGAGAAUGUAAAUUAUACAAUAAAUAAUCAACCAAUUGUAGAAAGUGUAGGUCUAAAUAUUGAUUUUGAUAAUAAACCUCUGAAAUUGAAUAAAACUUUAGACCUUGGCUCUCCAGACACGAAGGAUAUAUUAGAAAGUGAAACCUCACACAAAUUUUGUACACAACCUCACAGUAUUCAGGAAACUCUAGAACCAAAACAGCCACAAACAAGUAUUGAAAUGGAGGAAGAAAUAUCAAAUAGAACAGUUGAUAUUGUAACUCACACACUCGCACACACUGAGGACCUUUUAUCUUCUGAAACAAUACAGAUGGAAGAGGAAGUUGGUAAAAUAGAUAAUAAAGAUUUAAAUGAAACCCUAUCAUAUAAUGAUGAUAUUUUAGACAGAAAUACUAAAAUUAACAUUGGCUCUGAUGUUAGUAACAGUCAUGCAAUAACUACUGGAAUAGAGGCAAAUAAUGAUAAUAAUCAAGUAUACAUUACAGAGGCUUCUGUAGAUAAAGAAACUUGUACUGAGUUUAAAAAUGAAUUUCCUAGCAAUAGAAAAGAUGAAACCAAAUAUUCCGAAAAUUUUGAUUUCAAUACUGAAAUUGAUGAUAUCAGUAAAAAAAUUAUUAAUAAAUCUGACCUCCCAGAUGUGGUACAAUCAAAUGAAAACCCCGAAUUUUUGUUUAAGGGAGAUGAAAUUUAUAAACAUGAUAUUGAAAUGGUUAACAAAAGUGAUGUUGAUUGUAGUGACCAAAGUGAAUUGGAAGAUAAAAUUAGUAUUCAGGUUAGCACAGCUGCUAUUGAGUCAGGUAUGUUGCAUGAUAAUUGUACAAUAUUUCAAGAACAAAUUAUUGAAGAUUUACAUACUGAUAGUGAUGAAAAGGAUAAUAUUAUUAACAAAAAUGACCUUAAAAACAUAGACAUUCUUCAGUUAAUUCAGGCUACUGACAGCACUGAAAUUUGUAAUAAUACGUAUGACAGCCAAAAUAUAGAGAAAGAUGUAAGCAAAGACAAUAUAAUAGAACCUUUAAUUGUAUCUGUCGAAAAUAAUAAAUCCCUGACCAAUAUUAAAAAUAGUGAUUUAAAAUAUCAAGCUCACAACUCUUUCCAAAAACAUCCUGUUUCUAUAUCAGAGCCAUUCUAUGAGACUAAAAAUAUAAUUUCUGAAUAUAAUAUUUUUAAUGAUGAAAGAGUUUGUCUGCAACCUGAUAUACUAAAUGAAAACCAAAUAUUGGCUUUUGAAGGCUCUUCAAAGAUAGUUAGUAGCACUCACAUUAUGAAUGAUGAUACACCCCAAGAAGAUUUUGUUGAUAAUUCUAGUCAUACGCAAGUUGAACAGGCUGUUUUAUCAAAAAAGGAAUAUGAAUCUUCUGCACAUAUUGAAAAAUGUGAUACGCAAGUCGAAAAUAAAACUUUUAACAGUACUGUAAAUUUAGCUAACGAUGAAAACACAAUGCUCAAUAAACUAAGCUUACUAAAUUUAACAGUUACAGGAGAUAAUAACCUCACAGAAGAAAAUUUGAUAACGGAUUUGAAAAAUGACUUUAAUGUAGAAAUAAAUGCUAUGAAAGCUUUAGAUUCCAAUUCAACUAUUACAAAUGAAUGUGAAAUAAUAAAUAAAGAAGUCUUUGAAAUAAAUUGUAUAGAAACACAAGAACCUCUUUUCAAAACUCAGAAAUUAGAUCAAGAUGAUUUAGAAGUAGAAAAUAUUAACAACAGCCAAAGUACAUGUACUGUAGUUCUCGACAAUCCUUUUGAAACAAAAUCUAAACUACUCACCGAAUCACCACCUACAACUCCUAAAAUGGAAUCAAAGGGGUACAAUUUCAAUUUUGACGAAAUUAAUGACCCGUUCGCCACCAAAACUAAGAUGAGAUCUUCACCUCCACAAACGAAUUCAGCUACCGAUACUUUUACGCCAAUUGAAACCAUGAAUAAACCAAAUAGUAGACAAAAGUUAUUGCAGAACAAGAGAAAAUCGCAACCCUUACCAAAAAAGCUAAAUGUAGUCUGUGAAAAGAUAACGAACUCCACUUUAAAUGAAGCAGUCUCAUGUGUAAAAGAAAAUAAUAACAUGAAAUUAAAUGAAACCAAACCAAUUGAAACUCUUCAAAGUAGAGACAAAAUUGAAAUUCAAAAUGAUGCAAACGGAAACAAUAUUGACGGUGUAAUUGCACAAGAUUCAGAAACAGAUAAUAUUGUUAUUAAUGAUCAUAAAAGGCGUGAUUUGAACGUUUCUUACGAUGUUAGUGAAAGAAACGUAUUUAAUUUACCUGAAAUCGACGAUAGAAAUUUUAACCCGUUCACUACUAGAACUAAAGUAUGUUUAACACCACCAUUAGUCAAUGAUACCUUUAACGCAGAUAACAUCGAGCUCUUAGAGUCAAAUAAAAAUAAUGCUACGGUGAUUGUUAAUAACGAUGAUACUAAAGAAACUCUGGAAGAUAGAAAUUAUAUUGAACAAUCUAGUCAUGAAGACGAGACCUUAAAAGAAGCAAACACGGAAGAUGAAGAUACUAUUGAAGGACCAUUCUUAGAAGAAGACAAUUUAAGCGAGAUCGAAAAAGGUGACAAUCUUCUUAGUGACGAAAAGCAUGAUUAUAAUAUGGCAUUUGAUGACCUUCCUAAACAACAAACUGAUGAUGCUGAAAAUGAAAUGUUUAUUGAUGCUGAAGCGUUUGAAUUUUUAUUAAAUCAAAAUCAGGACAAUAUAGUAGCUGACAGUGGUAAAGAGAGUUUAUUCCUCAAGUUUGAUCCUUUAUUUGCAAAAAGAGUAUCAAGUGAUGGAAUAUUAGCAGCUUUAAGCAAUUUUCAAAAGAAACAAAGCACGCCUAAAAAGGAAAAACAACCGGAAGAAAGUUAUUUAUACGCCGAAACCACUAAUGCAUUUCCAUCAUGUAGUAAAAAUGUUCCCACUUUUGAUCAUAUUGAUGAAUCAAUUGUUAAUAAUAUAUGUAAACCUACUAUGGUAGUGAAUCCAGCUGUUGCAUCCCCUAGAAAAAAUGCAACUCCCCCUAAAAGAAAUAGGCAAUCUUUAACAUUCACGUCUCCUGCUAUGGCAGUUAUAGAUAAGCUUCUUUCCCUUAGUGGAAAUACUAGUACAUCAUUAUGCCACGAUACGAGUAUACCUCAAGAUGCAGAACAGCAGCACACCGAUGUAGCCCUCACGCAGUUAAGAGAGAUGUUAGCUGAGAAAGAAAUGCACGUACAGGUGUUAAGAAAUGAUCGUAAAGAACUAACUAACAGGCUCGGCGCGUUGGAAUCUCAAGUGAAAACUUUAGAAUACGAAAGUGAAGACAGGCUAAGAAAAAUAAAAGAUUUAAGCAAUGAACUGUCAGAAAAAAAUAAACAAAACAAAAAUAUGGCGACUGUUGUUGAAAAAUAUGAAAGGACAAUUGCAACUUUAGUUGCUGAACUCGAACAGUCUAAGAAGCAGCAUGCUGAAGAACGAAUGCAACUUAUUAAAGACCGUAACGAACAAACUGCACAUUUGUCAACUUUGGAAGUAUCAUUUAACGACUUGCACAGCAAAUAUGAAAAGAGUAAACAAAUUAUCUUUAGUUUAAAAGCGAAUGAAGACUGUUUGAAAAAAUCACUUCAAGAGUUUGAAGAUAAUCAAGUGAAGAUUCAGAACAACUAUGAGCUGUUGAAACAACACGCAACCGGAAAGCUAAACCAUGCAAAUCAAGAACUUGAAAAGUUGAAAAAAGGUCACGAAGCCGAGGUUUUGAAGCUACAGGCAAUGAUGAAAAGGAAGGAAUUACACAUAUCAUCCCUCGAGGAAACGCUUGCGCAGAAAACUAAAGCGAACAAAGAGUUGACCGCUAUUUGCGACGAGCUAAUAAAUAAAGUCGGUUGAACUAUAAUUAGACACAGUCUAAACAGCUAUAACUCUUUGUGAUCUAGAAUUCAUGGCUUGUGUACUUAUCAUAUGAUAAGUUGCAUUAAGAAUGAUGUCGCGUAAUUGAUGAACUGGCUCAUGAGACAAACUAUGCGCGAACUUUUGUAGUGUUUUAUGAAAUAUGACGAUCUAAAAUUAGGACUAUUAUAUACGGCGACUAACUGAUUUGAUCCGAAUCUGAAUGCCACACAAAACAAGUGUCGCCGAAGUUCAUAAGAUUAUGGUAAUGUGUUUUAUUUCAAAUCUUGUUUUUAAACGACAAGUAGUUAUGCUGGCCAUAAUUAAGUGUGUCUAAUUUUUAUUUACUUUAUUUAACGUUAAAAAAAUAAUAAUUUUUGUUUGUUAAAUUAAAAUUAGUAUAUUUGACCUCUGUAGAUUAAUUUUUGUAAAAGUAUUGUUCUAUAAAUUCCUAUUUUUCCGUGAAUGUUAUGCUAUAAUUGAAAUUUCUCAGGUAGAAGUAUUUAAGAUUUUUUUUAAUGUGCGAUUAUGGACUGUAGUUACUUUAUUAUAGAGAAAUUCUAUUAACUACUUCCCUAUUUCUUAUGUUAAAUUCUAAGCGUUAUAUAAAUUAACAUUAAUUGGAUAAUAAAUAUAACUCGAUGCCAAGUCGGUAUGUAAAGGCUGAUAAAUAUUUUUUUGGUCUUUUAAAAAUAAAUAUUUUUGUACGUUUUUAAAAUACUAAUAAUUUUGUAUGUGCUAAUAAUGUAAAGUUCCAAAAUUAAUUCGCCUAUACUAAAAUAUUGUACACGGGUUGUUAGAAGCGAACUAUUUUUGUAAAAUAUUUUGGUUUAAUUAGAUAUUUUAGAUAUUAAAGUCAUUGACCUCGGUAA